AUGUCGACCAACGUCAGCAACGAAACGAUUCCGGAAGAGCCCACACCAGAGACGGAGCCACCAGUCGAUGAGAAUGCGGAAGAAAAGUUCCCUUUGCCGUUGCAGAUGACAAACAGUUGGGAGGCAGCUCGGGCUUCACUAGGUUCCCUCUCUGGUAGCAGCAGUUCAGCACAAUCCAACGCGCCGAAACAGCCGCAGCAACAUACGAAACAAAAGCAACAAAUGUAUCUUCCAGCCUCCGGUGCCGUACCAGCAGUGCUACCAGCCGCCACCGAACCCUAUGAUUAUUUCGAUACCACCGUCAAUGCCAAUGCCAUCGCCGAACGGACCAACAGCUUGCGACGGUUGCGAAGGGCCGGCUAUGCCAACCGUAGCUUUAUGUAUCACGGCGAAUAUCCGCUCGGGGCCGUAGAGGACGGGUACGGUGAUGAUGCGGGUGGUGGAAUGGGACGCUUGCCGUACUAUGUCGAACCGACCUACCGUUCGCUCGAGUACGACCGAAGGCAACGGCGCCGGCACAGUGUGCAUCAGCUGGCCAACUUUAACCCUUCCUCGAAGCUGGACGAUCUAAGGCAGCGCUUCGACGAGUACAGCUCGUCGGCCGCUGUGCCUAGGGGUGCGUACUACGGCUACUACACGCUCGACCGCCACAAGAAACUAUCCCGCCAGAUGGCGCCGAAUCCGUUGCCGCCGAUUACGUACGGGAAGGCGUUCUCCUUCGGACAGAGCGCACGGUACAGUGGGAGCCGAUCGUUGGAUCGUGUACUGGUGGAGGAAGAACGCGAACAGCGCAAGGGCCCCAAGAGAGGUUCCCGCUCAUCGCAGGGUUCCACCGAUAGUAAUAACAGUACACAUAGUGCAUCAUCCGGGUCGCUACUGCUGACGGUAGCAAACCUUGAGAACUUUGCCAAAAUACACCGUAAAUCGACAGCUGGUGGCGGCAGGGGUGGUGGUCAUCACUCCAAGCAGGAUGGAGCCGCCAGUAGCCGAACGCUUGAGAGAUACCUUUCCUCGACGCUCGAUCUGGUCCCGCAUCCCCAUCCCGGUACGCUUGGGCGCCGAUCGCGCUACAACAGCAACAUCCUGUUACCACAUCAGCCGAUCGACGACGAUGAUGAGCAGGAAGAUGACGAUCGCAGCGUUCAUCCAGCCGAUCAUGCCGCGAUCGAUUACAGAAAGGAUGCGCAUCACAUUGGCAGUGGUGCGAUCGUACCGAUCGAUGAAAUUUCCAUCGACGAAGGUGAAGGUAGUGGCAAUGGGAGCGAACGGCAGCUACAACUUGCCGGUGUAGGACCGGCCGGCGGUGCCAGUCUCGUUUCGCCAUUCCGAUCGCUGAAGGGCAAAGAUCCGGAUUCGGUGUCCGUUGCCAGCUCAACGCAUUUUACCAUGGUGAAUGGGAUCGGGGGGCCGCAACGGGUAAUCAAAACUGGCAUCUGCUCCAGUGGCCACCAGAUCACGAUACUGAUCGUCACGAUGAGCAUCAUCUUCAUGGUCGGUAUCUGUUCGGCUGUUUUCCUGCUCGAAAUGCGAGCUAGGGAAAUGCCAAAGUAA